UGCUUUUAUUCAUGUUCCCGUGUGCGGGGCGCAGACAGACGCUGAAGCUUGCUAACACGGGGAGCUCAGAAACAAGCUAACUAGCAACUAACAAAAAAUGCACACAUUUUCGAGCGACUGCACGCAUUGUUAGCCAAAUAAAUGCACAAGUGAAAUGGCGACUUUAAUUGUGAUUUCGGAAAAAGGAGCUGCAUUUUCACACCUUGUUAGUGAGCCAGAAAAACAUUUUUAUUCGAUUGCGUCGGCCCAUGGAACUGGAACGACAGCGUCUCGACGAGAGCAUCUGAGCGCCGUUUGCCGACGAGAAGAUGGAAUCUAAUGCUAUUUUGAGUUACUAAUCCAUCCCCAAGUAGCCAUUUUAUGCCUCCGGUACAUAUCACACAAACGUGAAAGAGCUGGAUUUUCUUCCCGUUAUCCACAAACAUCGCUGUCCUCCGGUUUACAACGUCGUUCCUUCAGCAAUCACCUUGAGGUAGUUCUUCAGUGUCUUUGGCAGUCAUGGACUGGGCCACUCCUGCUGUCAAACUGAACCCCUACACUCGAGCCCGCAUGACAGAGGCCUGGCAGCAGCAUGGUGUUUCUCAACCUCAGGUGGUGCACACCAUCCCUCCUGGAGCUGAAAACUCUCUCGGCUGUACAGUGUAUGGAAUUGUCCUGCAGCAAGAGUCCUCAUCUCUUCAACAACAACAACAACAGCAGCAGACCCAGCAUGGACAGCACAGCCAGCACAAUCAGCAACACAAUGGGAAUCAGCAGCAUGGGAGUGCGCAACACAGUCAGCAGCACUCUGCCCAGACCCAGCAGGCCACGUUGCAGGUAGGAACCGAGGGAGGACACAAGUGUGGGGCCUGUGGACAUGAUAUAUCCCACUUAGCCAACCCCCAUGAGCACCAGUGUAUGGUAAGUCAGGACAGGUCCUUCCAGUGCACCCAGUGCAUGAAGAUUUUUCACCAGGCCACUGACUUACUCGAGCACCAGUGUGUUCAAGUGGAACAGAAGCCCUUUGUAUGUGGCCUGUGCAAGAUGGGCUUCUCCUUACUGACAUCUCUGGCCCAUCACCACUCAUCCCACAACAGCAGCAAUCCAAUGAAGUGUUCAAUUUGCGAGAAGACUUACCGGCCCGGUUCUUCCGGCAGCAUGACCUCCAACUCCUCAGCAAACAAUACCCAGCAGCCCAGUAGUCUUAGGGCAUCAGCCACCAGUAGCUCAUCCAUUCUACCCUUUCCGUCAGCCCGCGACCGGCCGUACAAAUGUUCCAUUUGCCAGAAGGGUUUCAAACACUUGUCAGAACUCACCCGUCACGACAGAGUGCAUACGGGUGAGAAGCCCUUUAAGUGUGACACGUGUGACAAGGCUUUCAGCCAGUCAUCACACCUUCAGCACCACCAUCGCACACACAGCAAUGAACGCCCUUUCAAGUGCGCCGUUUGUGAGAAAAGCUUCAAGCACCGUUCGCACCUGGUGCGACAUAUGUACGUGCAUUCUGGUGAGCACUUAUUCAAAUGCAAUCUAUGCGAGUUGCACUUCAAAGAGUCGUCGGAGCUCCUCCACCAUCCCUGCCACCCGCAAGGCUCUCGCCCCUUUCGCUGCGCAACUUGCGGGAAGGGUUUCAAGCGACCGUCGGACCUCCGCCAACACGAGCGUACUCACUCAGAGGAGCGGCCGUUCCACUGCGAUGAGUGUCAGAUGAGCUUCAAACAGCAGUACGCCCUGCUGCGCCACCGCCGCACGCACAAAGACCCAAGCGACCGGCCGUUCAAAUGCAAUCUGUGCGACAUGGGCUUCAUGCAGCCCUCGCACCUCCUCUACCACCAGCAUGUGCACGGCAUGGACAACUUGUUUAAGUGUGCCUCAUGCCAGAAGGAGUUCAGCCAAUCGGGAGAGCUGCUUAGGCACAAGUGCGGAGAGUCGCCCAACACGGUGCCCGACAAGCCGUUCAAGUGCGACAUCUGUGGCAAGGGCUACAAGAAGGGUUCCACGUUGCAGCGCCAUCAAAACUCUCACUGUCAAGAAAAGCCCCUAAAGUGCUCCCUGUGCGACCGCCGCUUCCUCUCCUCCUCUGAAUUUGUGCAGCACCGCUGCGACCCCUCCCGGGAAAAACCACUCAAGUGUCCUGACUGUGAGAAGCGCUUCAAGUACUCCUCAGACCUCAACAGACAUCUGCGCGUGCACACGGGGGAAAAGCCGUACAAGUGCGAGCAUUGCAACAAGUUCUUCAAGCAACGCGAACACAUGACCAAACACCAGAGCACACACUCGAGAGAAGGACAGUUUAAGUGUGUUUGGUGUGGUGAGCGUUUCAGUGACUUGGGCUCUUUGCAGGAUCACACGGUACAGCACACAGCUGAUGGAGGGGACUACCCCGUCUCCCAGUGCAUGUAACUGAAGCCGUUGAAUGCAAUCGGUGAACUUGUUGGCCGCUACGAGCAUGUUUCUACCAAGCAGUACAGUUCAGGUUUAGUAAGGGUACACAUUUUGGUUUGUGUGUGUGUGUGUGUGUGUUUUACCAAAAAUUGUGGCAGGUACCAAAAGUGAGAUCUAUGAUCCACUUUUUGGCGCUCUUUGAUAGGAUACCAACGUCAGUGGUACCUUAAAUAACGAGUGGAGAAAGACGCCGUUUGGGAAGAGAGAACAAAACUCAGAUUUUCCCACGGUGUGUUGUGAGCAGAUGACCUCACUUCACGUUGUCGUUUCCACAACGGGGUGAUUAUAACUGCAGCUUCUACAUACAUUUUGGAUUCUAUUCGCAUACCGACCAAUUCACCAAUUAAUUUAACAAAGGGAAUGCCCAUCUCUUGAAAAAUACCCGUCUGUCCUAGUACACAGUAUUUUCCAAAAUUCACCUUUUACUUUACAUCUAGUUCAAUUCAUUAGAUUGAAAGACAAAAGAAUGCAUCCAAUCUGGGUUUGACCAGUCAACAGACGGCAGUGUCAUAAGCGUACCACUGGCGGCCGGCACCACGUAGUGUUUUUGUACUUGCGUAAAGCUGAAAUUGCUGAUUUGGAAGCUUGCAUUCCAUAAUGCCCCCCCCCCCCCACCCUGACGUCUACUUUCUGCUUCAUCGUAGGCCUAUCGGCCUUCAAUUUGGUCUUCCUUAAGAAAAAAGGCAUAUUUAGAAUUGAGGUGCAUAACGAGGCUGUAAUUGGUAAAAGUCAAAUGCUAUAUUUUUGUCUAACUUACAUCUGAAAGUAUUCUUCAAUCAUAUCUUAACAGUUUCAUUCAAGGCCGUUGUGGUGUAUUCUCGGAAGAACCACAACUUUAUGACCGCACCACUUGCACAACAAGUAAUAAUGUUACCAGAUAAUGAGUUGUCGCAAGAUAACAAUUUGACAGUACUGUUGUUUUGAUACCAUUUUUUUUUCUCGGCCGCCGAUACCAAUUCCAGUCCCCCAGCUGUGCUGACAUCAUGCCGUUUGAAAAAACAAAAUAUUUUGCGCGUUAUUUUUUAACACUCGCAGAUAAGGGAUGCCAGCGUUUUAAUGCCAUAUCGGGAGCCCUCCCCAAACUAGUAUUGGUGCAACACUAUUUAAAAGUGUGUGUAAGGACACGUGUGUCAAAGUUUCUGGUUACCUCAGUUAUUUACACGAGAAGUAAAAAUCAUAUAAGAAUGUUGCAAUACAUGUGUUGGAUGUCAUUAUAUUGUGCAAGCGAUUAUAAUCUUGUGGUUGUUUGAUGUAAAGGCAAAAUCAUGAACAACAUUCAUCGUCCAAAUACUUUGGACCUAACUGUAAGUUGAUUCAGAUAUUAGCUGAUUGCUCCAUCCCAAGUUGGCCAGCCAAAAAGUGUUAUAAAUAGCACUUGUGGAAAAAAAAAGACAGAAUUUGCCAUUUAACAAAGAAUGCAAUCAAUUGAUUUUGUUCCUUCUUUCCCAUUGUCUCCUUUUUUUCCUUUGAGUUUUUCAAUAUCUAUAAAUUUACACUGGCAGCAUUUGUUUUUGCACUAGUUACAUUCAUUAAUUCAUUCAUCUUCCGAGCCACUUGAUCCUCACUAGGGUCGCGGGGGGUGCUGGAGCCCAUCCCAGCCGUCUCCGGGCAGUAGGCGGGGGACACCCUGAAUCGGUUGCCAGCCAAUCGCAGGGCACACAGAGACGAACAACCAUUCGCACUCACACUCACACCUAGGGACAAUUUAGAGUGUUCAAUCAGCCUGCCACGCAUGUUUUUUGGAAUGUGGGAGGAAACCGGAGCACCCGGAGAAAACCCACGCGGGCCCGGGGAGAACAUGCAAACUCCACACAGGGAGGCCGGAGCUGGAAUCGAACCCGGUACCUCUGCACUGUGAAGCCGACGCGCUAACCACUGGAUUACCGGGCUGCCCGCACUAGUUACAGACAUCUAAAAAUUACAUUUGUUUUUCAUGGCCACCACAAAAGGUUCAGCGUGAUAAGGUCCACUAAUUUUGCAUAAUUCACGUGUUCAGUGGUUUUAGGUUCCUGAGAAAUGAAAGGCCAAGGACAGCCGAAACGCAGCGAUGACUCAUGUUUUCUCAUAACUCCUGUAAAUGGACUAGCGUGACGAUUUUAGUGAUUGAGGAUGUUUCUCCUCUAGCGAAAUAGUUCUGUGUACUUUCUUUCCUAAAUACAAUCUGACGCAGAUCCCACAAAUUGAAAAUGACAGUGUUGACAUUCAAUAACAAGUACAAUUAUUCCGUCUAUUUAAGCUUCCUUCCGGGGUCAGUACUGUACAAAGUGGAUGUAUGUGACGAGUGAACCUGUCAAAAUGUGUCUUUCAAGAAAAAUGCAUUUCAAGAUGUUUUUUGUAUUAUUGCUACUUUUUACCCAAGUUAAAUGUUUUAACAAAUGCUUUGUUGCUGUCUGUGUAGUCCAAUUAGUCAGUGGUGCCACCAGCAAUUUGGGGCCCUUGAGUGGGGGUGGGGGGGAGAAAUAUUUUGGGUCCUACUCUUUCAUGCAGCAAACCGAAAAUGAAGUGCUAUUCAUUAGCAAAGACAUAUGUCACCUUAACCCUUGGCCCUUAGAAUCAUCAUCAGUUUAACCCCACAGCCUCGUAUGGCACCCUGGCAUGUAGUGAUUGUAUUAGUAUGUUAAAGGUUAUCUUUCGAUAACUCUCCUACUGUGUGAAUGUAGACUGUCUUUGGUUACAAAAGAAAAUACAUACUGACCUGCGCUUGAAAAAAAAAAUGUAGUUCUGAGCUGGCAUUGAGGGCUCUAUGUUCGUGGCCAGCGCAAAUCUGGCAUGUCGUGUGGUCUCACUGGGCUGCAUCAAGUUUGGUGUCUUUGCAGAUGCACUCGGCUUGCAAGGCGCCACUACAAACGGGUGGUGUGCACUGUUGUGGGUGUGAACACAGCCGAAUGUCUUCACAGCCAUUCGAAGCAGCUCCUCUCAUUCCAUUUAAAAUCCACGCGUGAGAGGCACACAUUCCUUGAUGACAAUUGCAGAGGGCAGAAUCGGUCUGCCUGCACCUUGAUUAUGUUCGGCAAAAUCACGUUAGAUUCCAAAUGCCGAUACAUCAAAAUCGGAUUUAUUGGCCAAGUAUACAAGAAAGUCACAAGGAAUUUACUUUCCAGUUACAACCCGUUCAGAGGAACUGAAACAAGACAGCAUAAACCAACACGGGGGGAGACAAAACAAGAAGCCUGGCGGCUCGCUGGCUCCAGCAUGUUUUAAGUGAAGUCUGCUUUCGGCCAUCAAAUUGUCAAGUGCACCGGGGGCAUGUCAAAAGUAACGCCCUCGGUGUGCUGGAAAGGCCAGCAUGUCGCAGAGCAGUCUGCCAAAUUCCUUAACAUGCUAAACAUGGCAUGCUUACGCAGGAAUGAAAAUGAAGAUGUGCCAAUUUUUACACUCGCGAGCACCUGCGCUGUCUACGAAUUUAGAGCCCAGAGGAUAAACUUGCAAUAAAACACAACUAUUGUUCUCAAAGUCCAUAUCCAAAUGAGCAGCAAAGGCGUGCAGGUGAUUGCAAAGGAGCGAAUGUUGAUUUUUCAUCAAGGUUCGUUAAACAUCGCACUGGGGGAAACAUCUUUGUGUACGUUUGCGACUUUGAACAAACCUUGACCAAAAAAAGGGAAAGAAAAUCAACAUUUGCUCCCUUCGCAAACACUUGCACACCGUCGCCGCUCAGUGGAAUAUGGAAAACAGAUUUUUUUGCUAAAAAUUCUGUUGAGCCUGGUGCUAUCUGUCAAGGUGGCGUCAUGCCCACUGUGCAGGUUGGAUUUUUAAAAAAAACAGGUUUCUAGCAUUUUCUUUCUGUUUCUGCUGAUUUGGCUAAUUCUCUCUGUUUUCCCCUUUCCCGAAUUCCCCAUAUUUGCAGUGAGUGCGAAAUUAAAAUUAUUUUCAUUUUGACUUAUUUUCUGUUGAAACCUAGAA